AUUUAUAACAUCUCUUUCAAUUGUUUCAGGCAUUGCGUGAUCCAUACUUCAAAGGUCUUGCCAGGGCUGAAAGAGAACCAUCCUGUCAGCCAAUCAGAAAAGUGGAAUUUGACUUUGAGCACAAAAGAAUGUCAAAGGAAGAGAUAAGAGAGCUGUUAUUCCGGGAGAUACUGGAAUAUCACCCACAACUGCUGAGUAGCUACAUUAAUGGCACAGAGAGGACAACCUUUCUCUACCCAAGUGUUGUUGAUCAAUUUAAGAAGCAGUUUUCUCAUCUUGAAGAGAGUGGUGGUAACGGCCCAUCAGUUCCAACAGACAGGAAACAUGCAUCCCUUCCCAGGACCACUGUGGUUCACUCGAAUCCAAUUCCUGCCAAGGAACAACCUCUUGCUGUGUCAUCAAGGGUUAGACCAGUCUCUGAUGAUUCGUGUAAGAAUCCUUGGGAGAAAGCAAGUAGUCCUGGAAAUGUUACCAGGACAUCUCUGACUCCACAAGGGCUGCAAGCACAAGCAUGUACUUUCGUGUUCACUUACUACCAACUCCCUCUGUUCCAAAUUGCAAGUCAGUCGUUUGGGCUUAGAUACAGAGCAAAAACUAUGUUAUCUACAAAAACCAAAACGACUUAUAAUUUGGUUCGAAGAGAGUACUACAAAUGAUCUGUUGAUAUUUUCUGACUUACGAUGUUCCUCCCUGUUCUGAGAUUGUUUUCCAUUUGCCACAGCAGGAUCAGUAAGAGUUAAUGGCCCAGUGACGGAUUCAAGGUAUCCUGCUCACCAAUAGAUCCCACAAGCAUACGGUUACCGCCAAAUGCCUGCAAGGUUGGACAGUACCAACCCAUCGCAGGCCAUGGGAGGUUACACGCUGCAGUCACAGAAGGAAACAUUAUUUGAAGAGUUGCCAUUUUGAAGAGUUACUCGAAUCCAAUAUUUUGCUCUUUUGAAUUCCUUGGUGUACACCGGCAAAUAUUAGCAUAUUUGAAGAGUUGUCAUUUUGAUCAUCAUCUUCAUUUGUACUUUUUGGGUCAGAUCUAAUAAAGCAUCAGCAUUAAAUUUACAAUGAUCACCUAAAUCCAUGGUUUUUAUUGCCUAGA